UUCAAAUACUAUUAUUAAAAACGUUUCUAUUGAUACUGUUUAUAACUUUAUUGCUGAUUUGUCUGUCGUGGCGAGUGUACGGUAAAAGAAUUUCCGAGAGGUUCAUGAAACCGGCUACAUCAGCCACAAUAGAACAACUUAAAGAGAGUGUAUCAAAACUGAAGCUACCGAAAGAGCACACUCCAAGAAUUUAAAAUGGCAGACAAGAUAAAAAAGUUUUUCCAGAAGAAGAAAGUCGAUGCGAAAUUCAAAUUGGCCGGUCGAGGUCAUAAAUUGACUGAGUCAACGACAAGCAGUCACGAUUCUGUAAAAAAAGACAUCCCAGUUGUUAAAAGAUCAGGGCUUUCAGAGGAAAGCAAAGUUGCAGCCGAGGCUGCUUUAGCUAGACUCAAUCAGAAGAGAGAAAACCCAGGCUUUAAUACAUCAUUAGCUGCUAUUCAGGCGCAAGUAAGGAAAGAAUUAGAAAAUGAAAAGGCAUCUAGUUCAGAAGCUACACCACCAGUCGAGGCACAAAAGAGCUUCACUGAAGAGGAUUUACCGAAGAAUUUUGCCGCAAGUGGUGUUUAUUUCAAGUGUCCUAUUAUAAGCAACGAUGUAUUACCCCGUGAUGAGUGGAAAAAGAAUAUCAAAACUUUCCUUUACGAGCAACUUGAGGAGGAGAGAGGGCUGACUGCAUGUCUUAUAAUACAAUCAUGUAACAAUAAUAGAGAAAAAAUAGACGCCUGCGUUGAAACUCUUUGUAAAUAUCUCGAGAAUAUCAUCAAUCAUCCUGAUGAAGAUAAAUAUCAAAAAAUUAGAAUGACGAACAGGGCAUUCAGCGAACGAGUACUACCUUUAGAAGGCUCAAUGGAACUGCUCUUAGCUGCCGGAUUCGAUCAAAAGAAACUAACCAAUCCAGAUGGCCUAGAAGAAGAUUAUCUUAUAUUCAACAAAGACAAUGUUCCUUCAUUAGACACGCUUAAUACCUUAAUAGACGCUUUAAGAACCGCCGAACCGAUACAAUUGGAGCUCGAUAGGAACUUACAAGUGUUGCUUCCUUCACAAGCUGCCUGUAAAGUGCAACUACCCUCGAGCUUCUACGCGCUUUCGCCAGAGGAAUUCAAGCGAGAACAAAAGUUGAGAGCCGAAGCAAUAGAGAAAAGUCAAAUGCUCAGAACGAAGGCGAUGAGGGAGAAAGAUGAAAUGCGCGAAAUGAGAAAAUACAAAUUUGCGAUCAUUAGGAUUCGUUUUCCGGAUGGUAUACUAUUGCAGGGAACUUUCUCAGUGUACGAGCGUUACAAUGAAAUUCACGAAUUCGUCCAAGAGAACUUAGAACAUUCCGACCUCCCGUUCGUGUUGAACACUCCGACAGGUCACAAGUUAAUCUUAGAGGAAGACGCGAAUAAGACCCUUAUCGACCUUCGUAUCGUGCCGGCAACAGUGCUCACGUUCGCUUGGCACUCGUCAGUGGCCGAAGAAAUAAGCAGGAGUCCCAACAGAGAUGUGUAUUUGAAACCAGAAAUCAUGAUAUUGGUACAAGAAAUGUGAGAUAAUAUUUGCAGUUGUCAAGCAAGCUCUUAUCAUAGACACGCGAAGUAUUUAAGGGUAUUUAUUACAUUAAUGACUCAUUGUUAUCUCUACGGUAUGUAGGUAAUUCAAAUUGGAUCACUUGAGGACUGAUUUUUCAAACAACAAAUUCAAAAAUUUAUUCAUCGUUCAAAUUAUAAUCUGAUCACCAAAAAAUUGGUUGUAAUGUCGUUUAUAUGUCUACAUUGUUUGUAGUGAUAUAAUGAUAUAACUUUUCUUUGAGAAUUAAAAAACGUUCCUAGUUCUAAGCUCAUUCAUUCAUGGUAGCUUUCUACAUUGUGCUUUAGAAAGAGACAACUGACCAUAUAAAGCUUGGUUCGUUACGCACCUGACAGAGACAAAUCUUCUCGUUCGAAAUCGAACUUUUUAUUGGUCUUGAUUACAAACUAUUGAGAUUUGAGGUCAGUCUAUUAGAUAGCAGCUGUCCCACACUUCAAAGCGAUUGAUUGCCUCGCAGUAUAGAGGUAAUAACUAUACUGAGACCUCAGAACUGAUAUCUCAAGGUGGGUGGCGAAUUUACGUUGUAGAUGUCUAUGGGCUCCAGUAACCACGUAACACAAAGUGGGCUGUGAGCUCGUCCACCCAUAUAAGCAAAAAAUUAAAUAAAAAAACAAGGUGGGACUUACCAGUACACACUCAGAAUACGUUUCACUAUCAUUGUAAUGCUGAGGAAUAAUAUCGACGAUAAGAGUAUUUUAUUUAACCUCUUCAAUAACAUUGGCACGUCUGCCAAUAUGCGUUUACUGGUGGUAGGACGUCUUGUGAGUCCGCACGGGUAGGUACCACUACCUUGCCUGUUUCUGCCGUGAAGCAGUAAUGCGUUUCGGUUUGAAGGG